AUGACUAAGUACGAACAAGAAGAACAACAUUUAGAAAAUGAUCCAGGAGACUGGUAUCUGAAGACUGCUAAGCUAGCAGUGGCAGUUGCUCUAAUAAAAACCAGGCCAGUUGGGAGGACUGGAAGGCAGCAGGCAGAGUACUUGGCCAGCAGGCUUCUUGCAGAAGAUAACACAUGGAAGGCCAAAGCUCAGAAUCUAGAAAAAGAGGUUCUGUGGCUUCAACAGGAGCUUCUCCUCAGCAAGGUUCAGGUGGACCUUGGCAGCAGCGGCCCUGGAGCUGGAAACCUCACCCUGGACCAGCCGCCAAACAAUUGUGAGUACUCCAUGAAGAACACCCUAACAUUGGAGAGAGACUCCGGCUUGGGGACAGGUAGCAACAUGGAGGAGCUACCCCCCAGCCAGGGCCCCUGCUUGUCCCAGCCUAUCCUCUCUGCUGGCAUUCUCCCACUCAUCCCCACAGCCACUAGUGACAAUUGUGAGAGGGCUCUACUCCUUCACACACAGUUUCUACAGAACUUGGCGGGCUUUCAGUGGUUGGCCACUUCUGACAGAAAUAGCUCCGUGGUGAUAGAUUCUGUUUGUCAGCUGAUAUCCUGCUUAAUGGCAAUCCUCAAAGACCCCGGAACGCUCCCCCCAACCCCUUUGCUCCGUAGAGCUGCACAGGUGACUGCCCAAACUGUAGACUCCUUCUGUGGGCCAGCCUUCGGGAAGCUUGUGGAACGAGUGGAGGACUGCCUAAAAGAGCUCACAGGUCUGCUGUUGAAACUUUCGCAGCUCGACCAGUUUCAGGUUCAGAAGACUUUGGCUGACUGUCUGAUCCUCCUGGGUGGAAGCUCAUCAUUAAAGCCUUCCUUUGUUCACCACGCACUCUGUGAGAUUAACCGCUUCGGGGAUCAUCUGAGGCAGAAUGAGAGUGAGGCACUUGAGCGAUUUGAUGUGGCCCAGUACGAGAACAUGAUGUACCUCUUCUGGAUCCUGGAGCAGCUGCUGCGGGAAGAGAGUGUACCAGACUGCAGUGCACAGCGCCGCUUGCCAGAGUCAAGGCCUUCUCUGAGUGCCGAGCUGAGCCGACUGGAGGCCAAUGUGCUGCUGUUGUCGGAUGAGUUCCCCUUGUUUGCCAUCUACGCAUGGAGGAUCGGGGUCUGUCUGAAGUCCACAGCGAGCUGAACGGGUGAGCUUGGCCUGUCCUGUUAUUUGUUCCCUCCCAGUGAUUUCAGUGAUUUCCAUUCCAAAGGAUUAUUGGCAUUCUGCUGUCCCACCCUGUCUCUUGUGAGGCCCAUUUUGUAAUGCUGAGACACGAUACUCGAGUAUGCUAAGCUUGAAAAAACGCUCAGCUCCCAGCACUUCGAUCGUGCAGGAGUGACAGG